UUGUCCCCCUCCCUCUCAACCUCCACAGCCGAACUGAACUUCUGAACCCCAAGGGUUCCGCUGCCCGGCCCUCCCACCCUCGCGAUGGCGGCUGCUCCUGCCGCCGUCGCAGCCGCUGCGGCCGCCUCCAUAUCCUUGUUUGCGUACUACCUCCUCUUCGGCAGGAGCGGGUCCAAGUUCCCAUGGACCCGCACCACCGGCGCGGACGACCGGAGGACGCGGCGGAAGGGCCUCGUGGAGGCCGUCGGCAACACGCCCCUCAUCCGCAUAAACAGCCUCUCCGACGCCACCGGGUGCGAGAUUCUGGGGAAGGCCGAAUUUCUGAACCCGGGAGGCAGCGUGAAGGACCGCGUGGCGGUGAAGAUCAUCGAGGAGGCUCUGAAAUCUGGGGAUCUUGUCUGUGGUGGUGUAGUAACAGAAGGGAGUGCCGGCAGCACGGCUAUUAGCUUGGCCACUGUUGCUCCUGCUUAUGGCUGCAGGUGCCAUGUUGUUAUUCCUGAUGAUGCUGCCGUUGAGAAGUCUCAAAUAAUUGAAGCGCUUGGAGCUACCGUGGAACGAGUGCGUCCUGUUUCAAUCACUCACAGAGACCAUUUUGUCAAUAUUGCAAGAAGAAGGGCAUUGGAAGCCAAUAUAGCAUCAGCACAAAGGGAACCUAAUGACAUACAAACUAAUGGUUCAGCCUAUGUUGAUACUAAAACGCUGAACUCCAAACAAACUAACGGUUCAGCACAUGCCAGUUCUGAAGUGCCUGACACUGGCAAAUGUUGCCCUAAUUCUGAUUCGAAGGGAGGUUUCUUUGCUGACCAGUUUGAGAAUAUGGCAAACUAUCAAGCGCAUUACGAAUGGACUGGUCCUGAGAUAUGGAAGCAAACUAAAGGGACUGUUCAUGCCUUUGUUGCUGCCGCUGGUACUGGCGGUACGAUUGCUGGAGUUUCACGAUAUCUUAAGGAAAUGAACAGAAAUGUCCGAUGCUUUUUAAUGGAUCCACCUGGAUCUGGUCUGUUUAAUAAGGUAACUAGAGGGGUUAUGUACACAAAAGAGGAGGCUGAGGGCAAAAGGCUGAAAAAUCCUUUUGACACUAUUACUGAAGGAAUUGGAAUCAACAGGGUCACAGCAAAUUUUAUGAUGGCAGAACUGGAUGGUGCUUACCGGGGAACAGAUAGAGAAGCUGUUGAGAUGUCAAGGUUUCUGCUGAGAAGAGAUGGACUAUUUGUUGGGAGUUCUUCAGCCAUGAAUUGUGUCGGGGCUGUAAGAGUUGCCCGGGAUUUAGGUCCAGGACAUACAAUUGUGACAAUUCUCUGCGACAGUGGGAUGAGGCAUCUAAGCAAGUUCUUCAAUGAUGAAUAUUUGGCCAAUCAUGGGUUGACACCAACUGCUACUGGUUUGGAGUUUCUUGAUCAGUAAAAACUUCACAGGGGAAUGCAUGAUUUCAGCAAUUUUGUCAUUCUUCGUUGUCCGUCUUGAAAACAGUUGACGAGUGAACACCGAGGCGCCGAAACAUUCCAUCUAACAAGGGAACUGUUGGCUCCAGAUAAUGGACCUCAAAUUUUAUGGCACCCUGAUCGAAGGUUCCUCUGGAAGAUAUAGUUAUGUACUUUAGAGUAGUUGUCAUAGCCAUUUAGUAGGGGUUGGGAUAGCCAACCAUUCAGACUGUUCUACACUGCAAAUCUUCUUGUUUUUCUUCAGGCUGUUGUACACUGCUCAAGUCACCUGUUCAUCUAUGUAUACGCAGUUAUUUAGUAUACAAUCAUCUAUGCUACUAC